GCUGAAAGCAUUUGAAUCGAGUGACAUUUUAAGUAUUUUUGUGUUGGCUACAAUGACAUCUAGUUUGUCAAAUCCAAUACAUCCGGUAUUCCUUUUGUAAUUUGGUUGUUGCCGCAGAAACAAGCAAAAAUGUCGUUGGUUAUUCCAGAGAAAUUCCAGCAUAUCUUGCGUAUCAUGAACACAAACAUCGAUGGUAACCGUAAAGUUACCAUUGCGAUGACAGCUAUUAAAGGUGUUGGUCGUCGUUAUGCCAACAUCGUGUUGAAGAAAGCCGAUGUUGAUUUGACCAAACGUGCUGGAGAAUGUACCGAAGAAGAGGUUGACAAAAUUGUCACAAUCAUCUCGAAUCCACGCCAAUACAAAAUUCCAAACUGGUUCUUGAACAGACAAAAGGACGUUAUUGAUGGCAAAUACCAACAAUUGACAUCAUCGAAUUUGGACUCGAAAUUGCGUGAAGAUUUGGAACGUUUGAAGAAAAUCCGUGCCCACCGUGGUAUGCGUCAUUACUGGGGUCUCCGUGUGCGUGGUCAACACACAAAAACUACUGGCCGUCGUGGACGUACCGUUGGUGUAUCGAAAAAGAAGUAAAUUUCUUAAUCUCGAUUACAUUCAGUUUUGCGUUAUUUUUAUAUCUCUGAUAUGGAAACAACAAACAUGGAAAAUAACCAUAAUAUAAUCACGUUGGAGAUGAAGUAAAAUCACACAAAA